AUGCAGGCUCCAGUCGUGGUGAUGAACACCCAGAGUGGUGGUGAAAGGCAAACCGGGAGGAAAGCGCAGCUUUCAAACAUUGCAGCAGCAAAAAUCGUCGCCGACAUUAUCCGAUCAUGCCUGGGCCCCAAGGCUAUGCUCAAGAUGCUGCUCGACCCCAUGGGCGGCAUCGUCCUUACCAACGACGGCCACGCCAUCCUGCGAGAGAUCGAGGUAUCGCACCCCGCCGCCAAGAGUAUGAUUGAGCUGAGCCGGACACAAGAUGAGGAGGUCGGUGAUGGCACAACAUCCGUCAUCAUCCUCGGCGGUGAGAUUCUGGCCCAAGCCCUGCCCCAGCUCGAGCGCAACAUCCACCCUGUCGUUAUCAUCUCGGCCUUCAAGCGUGCUCUCAAGGAUGCCCUGGAGAUCAUCGACGAGAUCUCAACACCGAUAGAUAUCAACGAUGAUGAGGCCAUGUAUCAGCUGAUAUCCUCUUCGAUCGGCACAAAGUUCGUGUCAAGAUGGUCCAAACUCAUGUGCAGCCUCGCGCUGAAGGCAGUCCGCACCGUGACGUGGGAGGCGGGCACUGGAAAGCGGGAGGUGGACAUCAAGCGCUAUGCGCGUAUCGAGAAGGUUCCUGGAGGCGAGAUUGAGGACAGCAAGGUCUUGGACGGUGUCAUGCUCAACAAGGACAUUACGCAUCCCAAGAUGCGCAGGCGGAUCGAGAACCCCCGCAUAAUACUACUCGACUGCCCUCUCGAGUACAAGAAGGGCGAGUCUCAGACACAGAUUGAGAUCACCAAGGAGGAGGAUUGGAACAGGAUUCUUCAGAUUGAGGAGGAGCAGGUCGAAGCCAUGUGCAAGCACAUCUUGGAGCUCAAGCCCGAUCUGGUGAUUACCGAGAAGGGUGUAUCCGACUUGGCACAGCACUACUUCAUGAAGGCCAAUGUCACCGCUCUGAGGCGUGUGCGCAAGACAGACAACAACCGCAUAGCGAGGGCAACGGGAGCCACGAUUGUGAACCGGGUGGAGGAUCUGCAAGAGUCGGACGUGGGGACGCAAUGCGGCCUCUUCGAGAUCGAGAAGAUCGGCGACGAGUACUUUACCUUCCUGACCAAGUGCAAGACCCCCAAGGCAUGCACAGUGCUUCUCCGCGGCCCGUCAAAAGAUAUCCUCAACGAGAUCGAGCGCAACCUGCAGGAUGCCAUGGGCGUGGCUCGCAACGUCAUGUUCCAUCCGCGCCUGUCACCAGGCGGCGGUGCCACCGAGAUGGCCGUCUCUGUUCGUCUGGGUCAGCUCGCCAAGAGCAUCGAGGGAGUGCAGCAAUGGCCAUACCGCGCGGUGGCCGAGGCGCUCGAGGUCAUCCCCCGCACUCUUGUCCAGAAUGCCGGCGCCAGUCCUGUGCGAGUCCUUACCGAUCUGCGUGCCAAGCAUGCAGAGGGCAAGAGCUCCUGGGGCAUCAACGGCGACACUGGCGGCCUGGCUGACAUGAAGGAGUAUGGCGUCUGGGAGCCCGAGGCCAUCAAAGUGCAGAGCAUGAAGACGGCAAUUGAGGCCGCAUGUCUGCUCCUGAGAGUCGAUGAUAUUUGCAGCGCAAAGAAGGCACAGCCGGGAGUCGGAACUGGUAUGACCGGAGGUGAUGAUUAG